UUGUGGCGCACUUUAGCGCACUCCAAAACAUUACGCAGAGAAUUUCGCAGCAACAAACAGAGCAGCAGCAGCAGCAGCAGCUGAAGCAAAACCUGAACACGACCUCACCUUACCUCACAGACCUCUCUAUAGCUCUCCACCACAGCAAACGAUAACGUAUUGGACAGUCUCCACGACACACGCAUCGCUCUCUCCCUCUCUCUCUCUCUCUCUCUCUCUCUCUCUCUCUCUCUCUCGUCUUCUUUUGUUUGCUCUGCAACUCUUCAAAUUUCACCAUUUUCAGCUCAAAACGAAGACCAAGAAGAACAAUGGAGGCUUUCUACAGGCUCGAAGCUUGUGGAAUAGUGUAGGGUUCAGAUUCUUCGGAAACCGUUCAGCUUCGUUCAGUUUCCCUCUCUCUCCCUCUCUCUCCCUCUCUCACUCUCACUCCGUAUUGUAUCUAUGGCCGGCCGGAGAUUGCGAUUGAACUCGUGGAACUUGGAUCCGGAGAGGAAGAGGACUGGUGGAUUGAGGACGAAGCAGGCGGGAAGAGGAUCAUGCCGUGGAAGUUAGGCGCCGGAAAUGUACGGUCUCCGGCACUGAUAUCUUGAUGUGCUUCCUCGCUCUCUGUUUCUAUUGGCUGUAAAUUUGUGGUUUUCGUCCGAUUACUGCUUUAAUUUUUUGAUUUUUGAGCUCUGAAGAAGCCGAAACUAUGGGGCUUUUGCUUAAACAAGCGCUCAAGACACUCUGCGGUUCCAAUCAGUGGGCUUAUGCUGUGUUCUGGAAGAUCGGCUGCCAAAACCCUAAACUAUUAAUUUGGGAAUGUCAUUAUGAACCAUCAAUAUGUUCUCUACCUAAACGCAUUGCUGGAACUGAAAGAGCCGAAUUACCAUUUGGAGAGUGGGAAGGCUGCUGGGUUUCUUCUGAAGUGUGUUCCUCUUCUAUUGGUAUUCAACCAGAGGAAAGAGUGUCUUCACUUAUUAAUAGAAUGAUGAUGGAUAAACCGUUUAAUAUAGUGGGCGAAGGAAUAGUGGGACGAGCUGCAUUUACAGGAAACCAUCAAUGGAUUCUGUCAAGCAAUUACACUAAAGAUGCCCAUCCACCGGAGGUCCUAAAUGAGAUGCACCACCAAUUUUCUGCUGGCAUGCAGACAGUUGCAGUUAUUCCUGUUCUUCCUCAUGGUGUUGUUCAACUUGGUUCUUCCCUGGCUAUGAUGGAGAAUAUAGGAUUCAUCAAUGAUGUGAAGAGUUCAAUCCUGCAACUAGGAUGCAUUCCUGGUGCUCUAUUAUCAGAAAACUAUGCAACAAAAGAUUUGGUUGAGAAAUCUGGAGUACCCUAUACUGCUGGUAUGCUGACACCUAUGCAUCCAGCUGGAAAUUAUAAGGUAACAGGUUCUGCUCAGAUGAUUGAUAACUAUACACAUCAAAGCAACUCAUCUCGGGCCUCAGGCCUUGUUGGCCAACUAUCUCACUCUCUUAAAGAUGUUCACAAUAAGUCUCAAACUACCGAUUCAACAUUUCAAACCCCUAACCUUACCCAAAAUCUGCCUAAAAUUCAUGAUGACCCUCAACAACCAACGGUUUCUCCAUUGAUGAAACCAAACUUUUCUUUUGACGGCCAACGAAAGGAUGGAGUUGGGGGAGCUGAAGUAAUUGCUACAAAUUCUGAUGUGUGGUUGAACCAGCUGACUCCCUCAUAUAGUUCAAGCAGGGGACUCAAAUACCCAUCUAGUUUGGGUCAAUCAGGUGCGAAUCAGGGCAGUCUAAAGUUGAUGGAACAUCAGAUCUUAUCUGGUGGUAGCAUUAGGUAUCAUCUUGAUAACAACUUUAGUGCGUCGAAUGGUAUCAUGCCUCAAUUGAGAACAAAUGGAAGUUUAAUCCUUGAUCAGAGCAAAGGUUCGAUAACUGCUUCAGUGGUUGGAGGAAGUCAAGCACAUGGUGGAUCAAGUAGUCAUUCAAAGCAAAUUUUAGUUCCUGGUUCUCCUUCAGACUCACACAGGGCAGCUGACAUCAACCUCUGUGGUGGACGUCUGUCCGGUGGUAAAUUUCAAAAGGCUGAUGAUUUCCAAACAGAAGGGGUUUCUUCAUCCAGUGUGGCAGGUCAAUCAGCUUCUCAGAACAUGCUUUCAAAAGGCUCUAACCAGAGACAGUUUUCUACCAAUGUGAAGUUUACUCAGACUGAAUUGGCCCUGAGAGAGCAACAGAUGGAUCAUGAAUUGUUUAAAGCCCUUAGCAUCCCAUUGAUUCAUCCAGAUGAACACAUGUCUUUGAGUGAGAACAUCCCUGAUAUUAUUCAUGAUGACCUUGAUUAUAAAAUUUGUAGUCCAGGAUCUGCAAAUGCUACACAUGAUGCUUGUACUCAAAUUUCAUCAGGAGCUGAUUUGUUUGAUGUUUUGGGUAUGGAUUUUAAAAAUAAGCUGUUUAAUGGCAAUUGGAAUAAAUUUCUUGCUGAUGAGAUAGGUUCAAAUACAAAAGACCUGGGUGAGAAUACUUCGACAUUUACAAAUGUGCCAGAGUUGGGUUCUGAUUAUUAUUCAGCAGGUCAAGGAAUAUCAAACAGCAGCAUUUUCUCUGGGGCAGGCGCUGACCAUCUUUUAGAUGCUGUGGUCUCUAGGGCUCAGUCUGCUGUCAAGCAGAGCUCUGAUGAUAAUGUGUCAUGUAGAACAACAUUGACAAAAAUCAGUAGCUCUUCCAUGCCUAACAGUUCUCCCACUUGUGGACGGGUUAGUAUGCCUAAUCAUGUGCAUGGGGAGACAUCAGGCCUUCCUAAGGCUAUUGGAAAAGCAGGGAUAGAAGAACCCAGUUCUUUCCAAUCUGGGUGUAGCAGGGAUGAUGUGGGGAACUAUUCCCAGACUACCUCCAUAUAUGGAUCUCAUAUAAGUUCUUGGGCUGAACAGGGUAAUACUGCGAAGCAUGAGAGUAGUGUUUCAACUGCAUAUUCUAAGAGGCCUGAUGUAAUGGGAAAAUCAAAUCGCAAAAGGCUUAAACCUGGAGAGAACCCUAGGCCAAGGCCAAAAGAUCGUCAGAAGAUCCAAGAUCGGGUCAAAGAGUUGCGGGAUAUUGUGCCAAAUGGAGCAAAAUGUAGCAUAGAUGCACUGCUUGAACGCACUAUCAAGCAUAUGCUUUUCUUGCAAAGCGUCACAAAGCAUGCUGACAAGCUAAAACAAACAGGAGAAUCUAAGAUUAUUGGCAAAGAAGGUGGACUGGUUCUAAACGACAACUUUGAUGGGGGGGCAACAUGGGCUUUUGAGGUUGGGUCACAAUCAAUGGUUUGCCCUAUCAUCGUUGAGGAUCUGAAUCCACCUCGUCAGAUGCUUGUGGAGAUGCUUUGUGAAGAACAGGGUUUCUUUUUAGAAAUUGCUGAUUUGAUCAGAGGUUUGGGUUUGACCAUCUUGAAGGGGGUGGUGGAAGCUCGGAAUGAUAAGAUAUGGGCACGCUUUGCAGUAGAGGCAAAUAGGGAUGUGACGAGGAUGGAAAUAUUUAUGUCGCUUGUUCAACUUUUGGAGCAAACUGUAAAAGGCAAUGCGUCAUCGGUAAAUGCCAUGAAGAACAGUAUGAUGGUCCAACACUCUUUUCCUCUAGCAUCCCCUAUCACUGCAACUGGUAGGCCUAGUAGUUUACAAUGAACCACUAGCUAUACAGUUUGUUGGUCUGGAAAUGUUAACCUAUACCCGAGUUCGUAGGCGCAGUAGAUUGUGAUGAGCCACUAGCUGUAGUUUGUUGGUCUGGACAUGUUCAGAGCAAGCCUAGUGUUUGCUUGCCAUGACAAACAUGCAUUCUAGACUAAGUGCUCUCUGGAGGUUCUCAUUUUGACCAAGUUUAUCUACCACAAACCAUGAUCCUCCUGACCUUUCUCACUUUUAGCGGGGUGAGAUUUGUUGUAUUAAUGAGGAACUCUGCAAAAUCGUUCUAAUGGUGUGUUUACUUUUACCUAGCUAAGAAUCCGAAUGUUUGAAUUAUUGGCCCUACUAAAAGAUUUUAGCCAGGAGGGCACUUUGGCAGUUUAUGUAGAGGCUACUGAUUGGGUAUGAUUUAUGGGCUGUAGAUUUUUGCAAAU